UCCCAGUACUGGAGGAAGAAGGCCAUCUGCAAUGGGAAGAGUCAAGGACUGCAUGUAGCUCCAACAUCUCAGCAGAGCGGGGGAGGCUACUGUUCCUCCCAUCCGGAAGCUACUGCAUCCCAUCCGCAACAAGAGGGAUCAAACCUGUGUGGUGAUGAAAGACAUCUACCUCCACUUCACCAAGCCAUUGAAGGCAGUCCAUGGAGCCAAAAUAGUCGCCAAGAUGCCACUGCCUCCCAUUAGAGCCAGAGUGCCAAACAAUGAUGCCAAGAAGGAUCCAUUCCAGCCAGUCAGACCAGAGGGCAGCCCUCGUCCUGCUGCUUCAAAGUUCAGAAGGCAGGUUGUGAAGAAACACAUUCAGUUCAAGACCCUAACUGUACAGGAUCUAUCACCAUGCCCCGAUGAGAUGGUAUGGGUUGUCUUCAAUUCGGAGGCUGAGCAGGUGAUGGCAUAUCUGAAGGCCAAGCUGAUCAGUGUCACCCAGGAAUUAAACCUGAUCAAGGGUGUGGCCAAGAUGGAUGCUCAGGCUUUGGAGGAGAAAAAUGCAAAGGAACAAGGUGAAGAAGUACAUCUGGGAGAUCUGCCUGAUGAAGGUGGAUACUGACCUAUGGGAGAUGAUGAGAUAAUGAAGAGGAGGAAGAAAGGAGGAAAGAGGUGAUGAAAACGGAGGAGAAGAGGGCAGUGUGGCAAGUAAGCCAAAGCAGACAGCAGCCAAGAGAUACGUGAGCAGGGACAGGGUCCAAGUCAAGAAGAGUGUGAAUGAGGAGGAUGAGAAAAAGAAGAACGGAGAGGUAAAUUAGUCUACUGCUGAUCUAGUUCAGUGUUUGUGAUCAUGUUUAGGCUUAUUUGUAUUACAUACUGUAUGUUGUAUAGUUUGCCCAUCUGAUAACGAGGAGGACCACAAUGGAAAAUAGUCUGUUGACUUUGUGUUUUUAUCCUUGAGCAUUUUAAUGUGUGUAGUGUUGUAUUCACAAUGGCUUGAAGCAACUCAAUGUGGCCUAUUUUAAAUUUGUCACAUAAAUAAACAAAUUCAUUCCUUCAUUCAGGUGGUAACAAAACAUAGAUUUGAAGCCGUGUGAGCACUGCGGCCGGUGCUUUGAUCCUAGCCGCCUGGAGAAACACAGCAAGAUCUGUGCCAAGCUCUCCUCCAAGAGCUCUAGACGGGGGGGGUCUAUGAAUCCACCAAGCACCGGCUCAAGGGCACUGAACUGGCCGGCUACG